CGACGCCGUUCAAGAUAAACCCCCUUCCCUACAUAAUAUAUAUUAUUCUUCAAAGAAACCCUAGCAGGCACCUCCAUUUCACUCCUUGUUAGCCGCUCCUCAGAAACCCUAGGCGGACAAAGAGACAAAGACUCAUGACGACGAGGUUCAAGAAGAAUCGCAAGAAGCGUGGCCACGUCAGUGCCGGGCAUGGGCGUAUCGGCAAGCACCGAAAGCAUCCAGGCGGUCGCGGAAACGCCGGAGGUAUGCACCACCAUCGGAUCCUCUUUGACAAGUACCAUCCAGGGUAUUUUGGUAAAGUGGGUAUGAGGUACUUCCACAGGCUGCGCAACAAGUUCCACUGCCCCAUCGUCAACCUCGACAAGCUGUGGUCACUUGUACCCCAGGAUGUGAAGGACAAGGCCGCCAAAGGAAACGAGGCCCCAUUGCUCGACGUCACCCAGUUCGGCUACUUCAAGGUGUUGGGUAAGGGCGUGUUGCCUAGCUCUCAGCCGUUGGUUGUGAAGGCCAAGCUGAUUUCUAAGACCGCCGAGAAGAAGAUCAAGGAGGCUGGUGGAGCCGUGGUGCUCACCGCUUAGGUUCUCAUCCAUUUUGAUUUUCUAAUCAUUUUAAAGCAUUUCCAUUAUCUUAUAAUUUGCUACUUUUAUUAUUACUGAGAUAUGUUAUUAGACUCUAUGUUUAUUAGAUGUUUUUGUUUACUUAUGCCAACAAAAAACUGAAAUGGAUUUUGUGGACCGUUGCUCAUUUUUAUAUGUCAAUCAGUUGCUCAAUUUGAAUU